AUGAAUGAGGGUAAGGUGGUCCACGCAGAGACCACAGUAGCUCACGCGGUGCUGAACGGGAUGCAAUAUUACCACCAGGACUGGGCUCAUGCUGCCGCCCACGUCAUCGUCCCUCCUCUCCGUAUCGACCCCAACACACCCAGCUACCUCAUGGGCCUGCUGGGCAAUGACUCUCUGAGUGUGGUGGCAUCAGAGCACCGUCCAUUCAGCAUCAAGCAGAGAGCUUUGGGGAAGGAGGACUUCACAAAGAUCCCUCAUGGAAUGGCUGGAGUCCAGGACAGGAUGAGUGUCAUCUGGGAGAGGGGAGUGGUUACAGGAAAAAUGGAUGAGAAUCGUUUUGUGGCAGUGACGAGCUCUAACGCCGCAAAGAUCUACAACCUUUACCCACGCAAGGGUCGUAUCAUCCCCGGGGCUGACGCUGACCUGGUGGUCUGGGACCCGGAUGCGACGAGGACGCUCUCUGUGAGCACUCAGGUGCAGGGCGGAGACUUCAACAUGUACGAGGGGUUGCGCUGCCACGGCGUUCCCUUGGUCACCAUCAGCCGAGGACGUUUGGUGUGUGAGAACGGUGUGUUCAUGUGUGCCGAGGGAUCCGGAAAGUUCUACCCUCAGCGCACCUUCCCGGACUACCUCUACAAGAAGAUGGUGCAGAGAGAAAAGACUCAGGGUUAUAAAGGGGGCAGGGAUCCCUACUCUGGUGAUGUGGCCAUGGUAGCAAACACUCUGAAGAAGGAGCUCGGUUUGGGCCCCAUAGACGGAGAUGCGUCCAACAAAGGCUGUCCUCGCGCGCACCAGGGAGUCCGAGACCUCCACGAGUCCUCAUUUAGCCUCUCCGGGUCUCAGGUCGAUGACCACAUCCCGAAGAGGUCCUCCGCCCGGAUCCUGGCUCCCCCCGGCGGCCGCUCCAGUGGUAUCUGGUAAACGCUGCAGCCG